UCCUCGAUAAUUUCUCAAUUUUAAUAAAAACAACCCUAGAAAAAAAAAAACCCUUAUCUCUAUCUUCUGCGCAUGAUCCAGAUUCGGUUUUGAAUCCAAAAGCUUUGCCAUGGAACGUAUCAUCGGCGGCAAGUACAAGCUCGGAAGAAAGAUCGGCGGUGGUUCUUUCGGCGAGAUUUUUCUUGCUACGCACGUCGAUACUUUCGAGAUCGUUGCUGUAAAGAUCGAGAACAGUAAAACAAAGCAUCCUCAACUUCUAUAUGAAGCUAAGCUUUACAGAAUCCUUGAAGGAGGAAGUGGGAUCCCGCGCAUAAAAUGGUUUGGAGUGGAUGGAACAGAGAAUGCUUUAGUGAUGGAUUUGUUAGGGCCGAGUCUCGAAGAUCUCUUCGUCUAUUGUGGGAGGAAGUUCUCACCAAAGACGGUUUUGCUGUUGGCUGAUCAAAUGCUAACAAGAAUAGAAUAUGUCCACUCCAAAGGAUAUCUUCAUAGAGAUAUAAAACCCGAUAACUUUCUAAUGGGACUUGGCCGGAAAGCGAAUCAGGUUUAUCUAAUUGACUUUGGACUUGCCAAAAGAUAUCGUGAUGCCAACACCAACCGUCAUAUCCCUUACAGGGAAAACAAGAAUUUGACAGGAACUGCACGAUAUGCAAGUUGCAAUACACAUCUUGGAAUUGAGCAAAGUCGACGGGAUGACCUGGAGUCGUUGGGUUAUGUGCUUCUGUAUUUCCUAAGAGGAAGUCUUCCAUGGCAGGGUCUUAAGGCUGUUGAUAAGAAGCAAAAGUAUGAUAAAAUCUGUGAGAAGAAGAUAUCAACCCCUAUUGAGGUUUUAUGCAAAGGUCACCCUGUGGAGUUUGCUUCAUAUUUUCAUUACUGCCACACACUGACAUUUGAUCAGCGCCCUGAUUAUGGGUUCUUGAAGCGGCUCUUUCGUGACUUGUUUUCGCAGUUCCCGGUUCUAGCAGCGCUCGUGCAAUGCCAGUGGACACCACCAACCAUCGGGGAGGACCAAAUAUUUCUUAUGAAGCCGAGGCCUCUGAACGUGUCAGAUCGACUAAUGCCAUUGGUCCAAGCCCGCAGAUAAAUAAUAAUACUGCUGUAGGGAGGAAUGUGGGUUUUGAUCACCCCGUCCACAAGAAUAUGAACAUGCCAUUCACUUCACUAUCUCCUGCCGGUACCUCAAAAAGAAAUGUCGGACCUGAAACUUCAAAUUCUGGGUAUGGAAGUGGGAAUAGAACAGGCGGCUGGACUUCCUCUUUCAUGUCUCCAGAGAAAUGAUGCAAAGAAAAAUGUAGCUUUAUUCUGAAAUGGUGAGUUGAGAUUAAGCACUAUGAAUUUUAGUCACACCCUUAUCGCACCUCUGCAACUACAGCAGAAAUCAGAAGUUGGUGUCACUAACACCUUUGUAUCUCCACCUUUGGCUGGAAGAAAAGUGCCAAUGCUUUGUAUGUAUAUUCCCUGAACUUUGUGGACAAGAAGGCGUUCGCUGAAGCAUUUUGUGUUACACACACAAGGCAUGAAGUGUAUGUUUGCUUUUUCAUUCAAGAUUUUCCCCAACCUUUUGUAUAAUUCUUGCACCGGAUGUGUAAUCUUGUUAUGUGAUCCAUAUAUAUCAUUUUUUUUUAGCUACUUUGUGCUAUGUGAUUUAAUAACCUUGUGCUG